CAUGCAUUUCCCGCAUUUCCGGCCACCACUUCCCCACGCUUUUCUUCAGUCCACUCGAAUCCAGCCGGUCUUUGUGCGUUCUGUCAUCUUUGUGAUUUUUCCUGAGUUUAUAAUCAUUGCCUUAUUUUAAUCUCAUUUUAAAAUACUAAUUAUUUUCUCCCUGGCUCAGGUUGUCAAUUUCAUCCUCUUCGUAAAAUCCCUGAAGAUUCGACUGUCCCUGGAUUAGUGAGUCGCCUUCUCCAAUUUUCAAACCAUCGAUAUUGCUUUGCAGCUAAUCUUAUUAAGUACAGCAACUCAACACUCUGUGUUCCCAUUCACAAAGAGAAUGAGGCACAAUGACUGAAGGAUUUAAAGACUACUCCGCAACAUACGAUGAGUUUUUCUGUGGCAUCCUAUCUUCGGAGGGAGACAUAACGUCAUUUCUCAAUGCUGUGUUUGGAUUUUUGUACCGCAGGACUGAUUUCUUCACAGUUCAGGAAGACUGCAGCAGUGCAAUUGGAUUUCCCCCUGGUGUAGCAGAACAGGUACUAGUGAGCGCUUUCAGAAAAUGGCAGUUGAAAGGGCUGAAACCGAAAGGAAUUGAAGAAUCGCCAGAAAAAAGGAAUGCGAAGAAAACAGAUCCUGUCUUUGAUUCUCCUUGUCAGGAAAGAACAAAGGUGCCUGUUCCAAGUAGCUCACCUGCAACAUCGAAAAAUACUAAAAAUAGCGAAGAAAGCUUGAAAAAUACCUCAGAUAAGGAUAGAAAUUCACAAAUUACUAGAAAUGGCGAUUGCGAUAGGACAGCAGCAGAACAGUGCUCAGGUUCUCUAAAAAGACUGGACAAAGCAGGGGAAACAUACAAUGGAGCUUAUUGUGGAAAGUACUGGUGGAUGCAAUCCAUGACUGACCUUGAUGUUUGUGUUCCAGUCCCUCCUCAUGUGAGGAAAGGUAAUCAGAUCAAAGUUGCAGUCAACCACUCGGAGUUUCUAAUCAAAAUUAAGAAUGAGUCUGCACCUGAAUCUUGGACCACCAUCAUUGAUGACAAGUUAGCAAAUUUUUGCAACAAAGGCGAUACUGUUUGGUCACUCGAUUCAACUCGGCACUUAAUACAGCUUCAUUUAGAAAAAUCUCGGGAUGCAUGGUGGGACCAACUCCUCAUAUCAGAGUCCAAAAUCAACAUGAAGGAAAUCGAAGCAACCAGGCCUUUCUCUGAGCUUUCGGAAGAGGAACAAAUAACUGUAUCAAAUUUGAUGCAGAAAGAAAAACUCAAGCAAGAAGCCAGAGAGCGAGGUGACUUUUCAGCCUCAGAAAUAGAGCUCCGUGAUGUAAUGCAGCAAGUCGGUGUUAGCAGGAAUGCGCCCUUCAAUCUCCCCUCACCACCCCUGCAGCGUUAGAAUAUUGUUCUCAUGUUGAUCUUGUUGAUGGUAUGUACAACAUGACAAUUUUCUCUCUAACUCCAAUCGUUUCUAACAUCCAUCAGAUGGGCAGAACCUCACAAUAUUUAUGUUUCUAUCAACAGAAAUUAAUUCCCUCAAAUUGGUUUUGGUCUUCUCUUUAUGUGCCUUUUGGACUCUGAUCAUCAGUACAGGACACAUUCUGUGAUUUCAAAACCAAAUUAUUUAUUGUUUAAACAAAAGUAUUUUUACUUUUAGCAACUUAAAUUUUUAAACUUUGCGCUGACAAGGUUCAAAUGGUUGUUCAAAAUCACUCCUCCGUUUGUGUACCCUCAGUUUUUUACUAUAUAUUUGUAUCAGCUCCAAUGUAUAUCCAACUUACAACACAUCACUCAAAAUUAAAAAACAAUGCAUUUCUCAAGCUUUUUACUAGAUGAAAAUUUGUGAUCUCUCAUUUUACUUGAUAAUUUGA